AGAAUCUCCAUUAUCAUAAUUAUCAUAGGCGCUUGGGCAGCAGGCGGCAGCCCUUUGUUAGGAUACAUCGCUCAGGAUCUGGAUAUCCCAAGCAGUCUGGAAUCACAUUAUGUGUGCGGGAUCGCGUCAACACACAUCAUUUGUUCGGAAUCGUUCCGUAAGAGCCAUUUAUGACCAGACCGCUCUCGUCCGACCAAGUGAGGCGUAAACAUUCAGCAAUCAAGCAGACUCUUGUAGUCACAGUGGCGGCUGUGCGGCUGCAGCUUGCAAGCCAUGCCUUGCUUCUCGGCGCAAAGUUUGGCUUACCUUUUCGGCGGUAGCUGUCUUGGAGCUAGCAUGGUAUGGAGCUUGAGCAGCAAGCGCAAGCGAGGUGGCGCAGGCAAGCACAAGCUCAGCAAUGACAAAAAGCGCUUGCAAAGUCGUCGCUUGCCGCCGGAGUUACAAGACUCGUUGGACAUUGUUGUGAACCCUCAGCUGAAGAUGAACUCACGUCGGAUUGGCGAAAUAUUCAAAAAGAUUGUAAAGGACACGCUGGAGCCCAUUCUUCAGGCGAAAACUGGCAUCGCCUUGGAAAUCGAGAGCUGCUUCCUCUGCAGCGCGGACUUUCCCCUGCAAGUCGAUUCCCUGACCGAGUUCCGCGGAGACGGCACCAAGUUCACAGCGGUUCUCGAUGGCCUGACUUUAAACAACGCCGAACUGACGGUUAAAUACGAAACACGGUUGACAGGUAAGAGCACCAUCAGUUUGAAACAAUUAGAACGUUUUGGACGUUAGGCACGCUGGUCAUUGAACAUUAUGAGUGCGGCGUGAGGGUGUAU